AUGGCGGAUCUCAAUCAAGUCUAUCUCUUCGGAGAUCAGACUGCUGAUUUCGAGUCGGGUCUUCGCCGUCUACUGCAAACUAAGAAUGAUUCCCUCGUGAUUGCAUUCUUCCAAAAGUGUUACCAUGCAGUGCGGCAAGAAAUUAGCAAGCUUCCGCCAUCCGAACGACAGAUGUUCCCUCGAUUUACGAGCAUUGUCGACCUGUUGGCGAGAUAUAAAGAGCAUGGUGCAAAUGUGGUGCUGGAGAGCACUCUAACCACCAUCUACCAGUUGGGAUGUUUCAUUCACUACUAUGGUGAUCUUGGACACGUUUACCCAGCGAAGACUAACAGUUUCAUCAUUGGCCUUUGCACUGGUCAGCUUGCUUCGGCUGCUGUGAGCUCUUCUCAAACGGUCGGAGAGUUGUUCCCGGCUGGUGUGGAGACAGUUGUUCUUGCGCUCAGACUUGGAAUGUGUGUUGCCAAGCUUCGUGAGCUUGUCGAGGGAAACGGAUCUCCGCCUGCCAGCUGGUCUGUGUUCGUAUCGGGGAUUCCUGAGAAAGAAGCUCAGAAAAUGAUUGAGCAAUUUGGCUCCAAUAACGCGAUUCCUCGCGUGUCAGCGCCUUAUAUCAGUGCUGUUAGCGCCAGUGGUGUGACCAUCAGUGGCCCUCCCACCACUUUAGAGCCCUUUGUAGAGAGGUCAUUGGCAAAAGGCUUUAAGCCUGUUCGUAUGCCAAUCCAUGGGCCAUAUCACGCAUCGCAUCUCUAUGACACCAGAGAUGUGGCACGUAUCCUUGGAUCCUGGCCAAGUGAAACCUUUGAGACUUAUGUACCAAGGAUUCCCGUCAUCUCAAGUGAGACUGGGAAGAUCGUCGAUGCCAAGUCAUUGAAGGAGCUUCUCGCUAUCUCCCUCAACGAAAUACUUCUGAAGCAGCUUUGCUGGGAUAAGGUUACUGACACAUGUGCCUCUCUCUUACACUCAGUGAAUGGCAAGACCGUUCUAAUACCAGUAUCCUGCAAUGCAUCUCAAAGCCUUUAUUCUUCGUUGAAAAAGAUGGGAAUUCCCCAAGUUGAGGUCAACCACAAGAUUGGUGACGUCCAGAAAGAUACCGAACGUGACAACCAGACUGGACGUGCGGAGCAAUCGAAAAUCGCUAUCAUUGGUCUCUCUGGGCGUUUCCCGGAAGCACAAGACACGGAAGCCUUCUGGGAUCUUUUAUACAAGGGACUUGAUGUCCAUCGCGAAGUCCCACCCGAGCGAUGGGACGUGAAGGCCCACGUCGAUAUGGAAGGAAACACCCGAAACACAAGCAAAGUUCAGUACGGGUGCUGGAUCAAAGAGCCGGGCCUUUUUGAUCCGCGCUUCUUCAACAUGUCUCCGCGCGAAGCACUGCAAGCGGAUCCUGCUCAGAGACUGGCUCUCCUGACUGCUUAUGAGGCCUUCGAAAUGGCUGGCUUCAUCCCCGACAGCACACCGUCUACGCAAAAGAACCGGGUUGGUGUCUUCUAUGGAAUGACCAGUGACGACUACCGUGAGGUCAACAGUGGUCAGGAUAUCGACACGUACUUCAUCCCCGGUGGUAACCGCGCAUUCACCCCUGGGCGAAUCAACUACUAUUUCAAGUUCAGUGGUCCUAGUGUCAGCGUCGAUACUGCAUGCUCUUCCAGUCUCGCUGCUAUCCACGUUGCUUGCAACUCUCUUUGGCGAAAUGACUGUGAUUCUGCGGUUGCUGGUGGCGUCAAUAUCCUCACAAAUCCUGACAACCAUGCCGGUCUGGACCGGGACACUUCCUCUCUCGCACUGGAAACUGUAACACUUUCGACGAUGGAGCGGAUGCGUCUCGAAGAUGCUCAAGCAGAUAAUGACCCCAUCUAUGGUGUUAUCUGUGGUGCUUAUACCAACCAUUCUGCCGAGGCUGUAUCGAUUACUCGUCCCCAUGUUGGGGCACAGUCUUUCAUCUUCGACAAGCUCUUGAAUGAGGCUGACGUUGACCCGAAGGAGGUGAGCUAUAUCGAGAUGCACGGCACUGGAACCCAGGCUGGUGAUGCCGUAGAGAUGCAAUCUGUCUUGGAUGUGUUUGCUCCAGAUUAUCGCCGUGGCCCGAAUCAAUCACUCCACCUUGGUUCUGCGAAAUCUAACAUUGGCCACGGCGAGUCCGCCUCCGGGGUUUGCGCGCUUCUGAAAGUGCUGACCAAGAUCAAUCAUAACUUCCCCACAGACUUCCAGCAACGGAAUGUCCACAUCGCCCGUGAGCCUACACCGUGGAACCGCCCUGCCGGAGGCAAGCGGAGAACUUUCGUCAACAACUUCUCCGCUGCUGGCGGAAACACUGCCCUCCUUGUUGAAGACGGCCCACUGCAAGAGUACAGCGGUACAGAUGCACGAUCUGUGCACACAGUCACAGUGUCUGCUCGCUCGCAGUCUGCAUUGAAGAACAACGUUGCAGCUCUGGUCCAGUACAUUGAUCUCAACAAAAACCUGUUCAAUGUCAAAGAGUCAAGCUUUAUUGGUGAUCUGGCAUACACCACGACCGCUAGACGUAUUCAUCAUCCUUUCCGAGUGGCUGCCACUGGCGCUACUUUGGAAGAGAUCCGUGCUGGCUUGACAGCGGGCGCUGGACGUGACAGCAUCACGCCCGUUCCCGCUAAUGCUCCUGGGGUCGGCUUCAUAUACACUGGCCAAGGCGCUCAGUACACUGGAAUGGGCAGCCAACUCUUCGAGCACAACUCUCAAUUCCGAGCAAAUAUCGAACAUCUGGACCGUAUUGUCCAAAGCUUCGGCUUCCCUUCUAUCGUCCCCCUCAUUGACGGAAGCGUUGCAGUCGAAGAGUUGAGCCCGGUCGUGACCCAACUGGGCACCACUUGCAUUCAAAUGGCUUUGACCAAAUUUUGGAUCUCUCUUGGCGUCACGCCUGCUUUUGUUCUCGGCCACAGCCUUGGCGAGUAUGCGGCUCUGAAUGCUGCGGGUGUUUUGACGAUUAGCGAUACCAUUUAUCUCGCCGGUCGACGCGCCCAGCUUCUUACUGAGAAGUGUCAGAUGGGAACCCAUGCGAUGCUUGCUGUCAAGUCGUCGGUCGCACAAGUCAAGCAGCAUCUCGAAGGUAACGAAGUUGAGGUGGCUUGUAUUAAUGCACCAAGCGAGACUGUCAUCAGUGGCGCAAGUGAGAAGAUUGACAUUGUUGCAGAGAAGCUGGCCAAUGAAGGUUUCAAGGCCACCAAGCUCAAGGUUCCAUUCGCGUUCCACUCAGCCCAGGUUGAGCCUAUUCUCGAAAGCCUGGCGGAUGUCGCCAAGGGUAUCGUUUUCCACGAGCCCUCUGUACCAUUCAUAUCCGCUUUGCUGGGAGACGUUAUCAAAGAUUCUAACCCAGAUGCUCUGGGCCCCAGCUACUUGACACGUCACUGCCGCGAAUCUGUCAACUUCCUUGCAGCCUUGGAAGCCACUCGUCACACCAAGCUGAUGAAUGAAAAGACUGUCUGGGUCGAGAUAGGCUCGCACCCCGUUUGCUCUGGAAUGGUUAAGUCCACAUUCGGACCUCAGGCGCUCACUGUGGCAUCCCUUCGUCGUCAGGAAGACGCAUGGAAGGUAUUGUCUAACAGUCUUGCUUCCCUCUAUUUGGCAGGUAUUGAACUUCGCUGGAAGGAGUAUCACCAGGACUUCAGCACUGCGCACCAGGUCCUCAAGCUCCCUGCAUACAAAUGGGACCUCAAGAACUACUGGAUUCCCUACACAAACAACUUCUGUCUGUUAAAGGGCGCUACUUCCACUCCUGCAGUGGACGCCGCCCCAGUCACCACCUAUAUUAGCACAGCAGCACAGAAGAUCUUGGAGACCAGUGGUGACAGCACAACGGCCACCGUGACUAUUGAGAAUGACAUUAGCGACCCUGACUUGAAUCGUGUUAUCCAGGGCCACAAAGUCAACGGAGCUGCUCUCUGUCCCUCGUCACUCUAUGCGGAUAUUGCUCAAACUCUAGCCGAGUUCCUUGUUGAGAAGUACAAGCCAGAGUGGAAGGAGCGUGGCUACGACGUUUGCAAUGUCGUCGUACCCAAGCCAUUGAUCGCAAAAGGAGGCAAGCAACUGUUCCGGGUAUCAGCCACUGCCACUUGGGCCGAUGAAAGUGCCCAGCUGAAGGUAUGGUCUGUCACUCCAGAAGGGAAGAAGAUCCUCGAUCACGCAACAUGCAUGGUGAAGUUCUUCGAUACUGCUGCUGCGCAGAUGGACUGGAAGCGUUCGGCUUACUUGAUCAAGCGAAGCAUUCAGCAUCUCCAAGAGAGCACGGAGACUGGAGAAGCCCACCGUAUGAAGCGCGGCAUGGUGUACAAACUCUUCAGUGCGUUGGUCGAGUACGAUGAGAACUACAAGUCCAUUCAGGAAGUCAUUCUUGAUAGUGAGAAUAAUGAGGCUACUGCUUUAGUCAAGUUCCAGGCCCCUCCUGGUAACUUCCAUCGCAACCCCUUCUGGAUCGACAGCAUUGGCCAUCUUUCUGGCUUUAUCAUGAAUGCUAGCGAUGCGACGGACUCCAAGAACCAAGUCUUUGUCAACCACGGCUGGGAUUCCAUGCGAUGUUUGAAGAAGUUCGACCCAAGCGUCACAUACCGCACCUACGUGCGUAUGCAACCAUGGAAAGAUUCGAUCUAUGCCGGUGACGUUUACUUAUUCGAAGGCGACGAAAUCGUUGCUGUUUACGGAGGAGUGAAGUUCCAAGCUCUCGCAAGGAAGAUCCUGGAUGUCGCACUUCCACCUGCGGGGGCAGCCAAGCCCAGCAUGAAAGCUAAGCCUGCUCCUAUAAACACCGAAAAGGCCAACGCCUCCACUCCUGCUAAGAAGGCCACCCGCGCUGAGACUCCAAAGUCUUCAACCCCCAGUGUUUCUGGACGCGCUCUGGCAAUUCUGGCAGAAGAAGUUGGUCUCUCUGCAGCAGAAAUGACAGACGAUAUGAACUUCGCCGACUACGGUGUUGAUUCACUCCUCUCCUUAACAGUCACUGGUCGUUACCGAGAAGAGUUGGGUCUUGACCUUGAUUCAACUAUCUUCAUGGAUCAACCGACCAUCAAAGACUUCAAGCAAUUCUUAGCCUCAACAAGCUCAGCGGAAAGUCACAGUGAUGGAACUUCCAGCGAGGCUGACCUGUCUUCUGCAGCCUCUUCCACAGAUAUCUCGACUCCCAACUCGAGCGGUCUUCCUACUCCAGCAAACGAAAAGAGUAUGACAUUUGAGCAGAAUGAUAAGAUGAAGCAAAUUUGUGAGAUCUUGGCUGAGGAGAUUGGGGUUGAGCCCCAGGAGCUCCAAGGCGAUAUUGACCUGGCUGAGAUGGGCCUUGAUUCUCUCAUGUCUCUGACUGUUCUGGGCAAGAUCCGUGAGACAUUGAACAUGGAUCUGGCUGGUGAAUUCUUCGUUGAGAAUCCCACUGUCGCAGCGAUCGAGACUGCCUUGGAUUUGAAGCCCCGAUCUACACCACCUGCACCUGCUGCACCGAUCAAAAUACCCCAUCAAAUCCCCGAGGAGGCCCCUAAGGCUGUUACUCGAACCGCUAUCCAGCAUCCACCCGCAACAUCCAUUCUGCUGCAAGGUAAUCCCAAGACAGCGACCCAGAAGCUUUUCUUGUUCCCUGACGGCUCCGGAUCUGCUACCUCAUAUGCCACUAUCCCUGGUAUCUCGCCCGAUGUCUGUGUGUACGGACUUAACUGCCCCUACAUGCGGACCCCCGAGAACCUGAAGUACAGCUUGGAUGAGUUGACUCUACCCUACGUGGCCGAAAUUCGGCGCCGUCAGCCAACUGGCCCAUACAACUUCGGAGGCUGGUCUGCUGGAGGUAUCUGUGCCUACGACGCAGCGCGCCAUCUCAUUUUCGAAGAAGGGGAGCGCGUCGAACGUCUCCUCCUUCUCGACUCACCCUUCCCUAUCGGUUUAGAGAAGCUUCCUCGCCGUCUCUACCGAUUCUUUGAUUCGAUCGGUCUGUUCGGCGAAGGCAAGGCUCCUCCACCCAAGUGGUUGCUGCCGCACUUCUUGGCUUUCAUUGACUCCUUGGAUGCGUAUAAGGCCUCACCAUUCCCAUACGAUGACCCAGUGUUGGCUGAGAAGCUUCCCAAGACUUUCAUGGUCUGGGCCAAGGAUGGCGUCUGCAACAAGCCUAACGACCCCCGUCCAGCCCCUGCCGAGGACGGAAGCCCUGAUCCCCGCGAGAUGCUUUGGCUUCUCAACAACCGCACUGACCUGGGGCCUAAUGGAUGGGAUACUCUUGUUGGAGCCAAGAAUAUCGGGGGUAUCAGUGUCAUGGAGGAGGCUAACCACUUCACUAUGACCCGUGGUGAGAAGGCCAAGGAGCUCGCCGCUUUCAUGGCCGGAGCGAUGGCUUCUGUCUAG